ACUGAGGCAUGAUGGGAAGAGCGAGGCCCCAUUUCACAGAGGAAAGAAGUGGGGGAGGGCGGAGUUCUUAAAAUUUUGUCGUCUGCCAAAGUUCUGGUAGCGUUUCUGACCGGAAUUUUCCAGUUUCAAUAAUGAAGAGGAUAGUAAGCAAAGGAGACGCACCUUACUACUAUUUGAAAGUGUUACUGGAGUUUGAAGACAAGACGAUGACUGUUGAUGUCCUGACUUUUAGAACUGUCAUCAUGAAGGCUAUGAUGUCCAUGUAUGGAGAGAUAGGUGCUGCUGUUCCAAUUGACAUCCUGAAGUAUGAUGUUGAGACCAUGUCAGCCAUCUUAAGGGUAGCAGGCAGUAAUAUGGUGAAGCUGUGGGGUGCCCUGACAAUGCUGAGUUACUAUGAUGAGAAGCCAUGUGCCUUCAGAGUUGAACAGGUUUCUCCAUUUCUUAUGGCUUUGGCAGCAUCCAGCAGACAACUACUCUUGCACACAAAGGAGUGACACAAAGUGAUGAAGGAUAGACACAAAUAUGUCUGAACAAAAAGUUUAUUUUUGUACAUGUAUUUACAUAAUAAAAUGUAUGUUAUAGUACCAAAG